AUGGCCAAAAAAGAAUCGCGCGAUGGAAAAAUAUGCUUGAGAGGGGCCACUCGGCUUGAUGGAACACGAAAGCGUGAUUCACUUUUUAACAAAGAUGGGUUGUUAUUACGAUCAUACGGAUGGUUAGUAAGGAAUGCGGUAGGAAUUAUAAUUUUAAUUCAAGGAAUUAAGUGUCAUGCGAGGCUAAACUUUUUAAGACCCAAUGUAGAGGUAGUAAGCGACGAUAACGUUAUAGUGAAGGAUGAAAAUAAUUACUACCUUUAUGAAGAUAGCUGGGUAGAAUAUUUUAAUAAAAAUGGAUAUUCCGUUUUUGGAUUAGAUUUACAAGGUCAUGGACUGUCCGACGGGUGGGACAAUUUAAAAGGUAACGUAAAAGAGUUUGAUGAUUUCGCUUAUGAUGUAAUGCAGUAUAUUAGGAACAUUCAGGAUAGCAUAAAUGGCUCAAAUGGUUAUGAUAUGGGUGGUAGUUCUCCAUUUCCAGAUGAUAAGAUAUGUGAGAGGACGGCUCUUCCCACUUACCUAGUAGGUAUAUCUAUGGGAGGAAACGUUGCUUUAAGGAUGCUACAAAUGUUGGGAAAAUCGUCAAAUAGAAGAGAAGGUACGGGACUACACAUCAGCGGGUGCAUUUCCAUCUCUCCUAUGAUAACUGUUAAAAAACUACCAUCGAGAAAUUCGUUCCUAUUUCAGCACGUUUAUUUUCCAUUGUCCAAGUGCAUUGCUGAUUGGUUUCCAACGGUUAGACUUAUUAACAAAUAUCUAUAUAAGAAGUAUCCGUAUGUUAAAUAUUUUAUUGAGUAUGAUAAAAAUCGAUCUAAAGGGGGAAUCACAUGCAGAUUUGGCUAUGAGCUUUUAAGAACAAUCGAUAAUUUGGACAAUGACAUAAAACACAUGCCUAAAGAUAUCCCUGUGUUGAUUAUUCAUUCUAAGGAGGACAUUUUAUGCUGCUAG